CAUCGCUCAGUUCCUCUUCAGCUUCAGUGUUCGCCUCUAAAAACAAGUCCUUGGUUUUCACUGAGAGCAGCCCUCCUAUUGACCAGGGAAAUGGCUGAUCGUAUGGCCCUCGACUGGAUGAGCAGCAGGCUGAGGCUGUGUGACCUCAGCACCGGCACGGUAUCGCAGCCUGAACAAGACAAGGCUCUGAGGGAAGCAAUUUUCGACUGCCAGUCAUGCCCCCCACCUGCAUACUGCAGGUCAUCUGUUCUGAGCUCACUGAAAACAUAUACCUGCAUCCUGAAGCGGGUUGAGGGUGAGCAUUCUGAGGGGAGGGUGGUGCAAUCAGAUCAAUAUCCCCCAGAAUUCAGUGCCACUGCAGGGGCUGCGAGAGACAGUGUUUACAGGUUUGCCCACUCCUUGGCUGAAGACAUCCUGCAAUCAGCCAGAGGUCAAUGGGAGAUGGUGAUGGCCAGGAGCCCCCGUGGACCCUUAGGAAACCCUGAGACACUGAGUUCUGACAUCGUCCAAUCGGCACUGAAGGAAGCAGCCAGAGAGGGGGACCCCCAGAGCCCUUGGUGCCCUCGGCGCCGGUCAAAAUCGGCCCCAGAUCCACGGGGGCGUGUCUUGCAGUCUGUGGGGGAGGAGUUUGCGGAGCAGGGCUCUGGAGGUGGGGAGGCUGAGGUGCUCCCUGGUGCCUGCCCAUGGUUCUGCUCAGGCUUGCCCCCUGGUGGCCAAUCCUGCUGCUCAAUCCUGGCCCAUUCUGGCCUUCCCAGCAGGGGCUCCCUCGAUUACCCUGACGCACCCCCGACCACCCCCCUUCUACCAGAGAUGAUAAAGAGCCGUGCCAGUUUCCAGAGAAGGCUCAAAGGUGGCCUGGCAAAAGAGUUCAUGCCAUCACCUCCGCCUCCUACCCCAAAAGACCAGCCCAGCCACUCCCCGACCGGUGGCCCUGUUGCCGGGGACGACAGAGAGGAGUUUGUGGCCCGGCUCAUGCGCUCCCUGUCUCUGGAAUGCUCCGAGGGAGGAGAGCUGGAAAUGGAGGAGAGAGCCCAGAAUUCUGGGAGCGGCCCCGAGGGGACUCCCGCAGGACUGUUGGACUACGCAGCCCAGCUGUCGGCCGAGAUCAUCUGCUCAGUCACCGCAGAAUGUGAGGCGCGCUCAGGCGGCCAAGUCAAAGCAGGGACCCCACCCGAACGCCUCCUCCACGCGGUUGAGAGAUGGACGGAGGAGGUCAUCGAGGAGUCCUUGCUGGAGAUAAUGGCCAAGGAGGCCAGACAGAGGGCUGCAGACGGACGUCCAGCGAAAGCCCGGCACACCGCUGCAAUGCAGCGGCCAAGCUGCUCUGAGGUGUCACCAGACGAGGGGCUGGAGCGCAGGCUUAAGGAUGUGGUUUCUGUAUCCGGCCUGGAUGACGAGUCCAUGCUGUGGGACGGGAGCCAGACGUCCACGGCCUCCCGGGGGGAGGCUCUGAAUGCUUUCGCCGGCAGGCUGGUCUCCGAUACUCUGCGCUGGGCUCUCAGAGAGCUGGGGAGGCCCGCCCUCCACUGCCACCCGGAUCCGGUGCGGGAGAUGGCGGAGGAGCUGUGCCAGGGCAUAGUGGCGCAGGCUGUUCAUGCCGCGGCGCUGCAGCACGGCGCUCGCCAACCUCCUGGCAGCCCGGCGGAAAGAUGCAGCCCUGGCAGCCGCAAACCCGGCGCAGGGGGCGCUCUGUCCCACUCGAUCGACCCCUCCUACGUCGAGGCCUUAGCCGAGGCAGUGGUCAGGGACUCCGUGCGGGAGGCCAUGAGACGCCAGCUCCGCAUGUGUAAGGGAAGCGGCUGGAUGAGGUCAGAGGUCAGGGCGGUGCUGGACACGCAGGCACACAGCGGAAUACAGGCGCUGCAGGGAGCGCUUCUGUGGGCUGCUGCCUCCAGCGUGGGGACCUCUGCCCUGCAGCUCGCACUGCCUGACACACGGCUUCAAACCCAGUUUUCCACAGUGGCCCAGAGGGCACAGCUGAUUGGCUGGACGGUGGGAGACCUGAUGACAUCAGUGCUGCAGUACUGUGAGCUGGCAGAGCAGUUGGCCAGCAGAGGGCACAGUCCAGACAUUCCGCUGCUGAAGUGCCUACAAGAGCAACUAGAAGGAAAUGAAGCAAUGGAGCAAUGA